AUGCCAUCUAUCCCUCAUCUCAGCGCUCUCCCUCCAGAGCUUCUAAGCCAUGUCGUAUCCCUUUUGCCUCAAGACGCCCUGCUUCAAACGCGACUUGUCAACCAUCACCUAAACUCCCUGGCUACACGCAGCGCAUUUCACUCCAUCCGCUUGGUAGCCUACGGCGACAGCUCCAGAAAGUUCAGAGCCCUGGCCGAUUCACAUCUUCGUGUCCAUGUCCAAGAUGUGACAGUCGACACCUGGCUCGGCCCUGACUUUAAAUAUCGAAUGCACAAUGUCUGGCAGCUGCCAGAAGAUUUCGUCGAUUGCUUCCCGUUCUUGUCCUGCUUUCGAAGUCUCAAACGUCUACACCUCAGAUUCCACGAGGACUGUGCAGAAUUUGGAGAAGGCGACGCUGAUGAAUCCAAUGAUGAUCGAUUUGAGAUUCUCCUCAAGAUAUUCCGGUCCCUAGCAGGCAACUGGUCCAAGGAGAAGGAGAGAAUCACCGAACUAGUUGGGGACCUGGCGGAUUCUGUCUUUUAUCCCGAGGAGAAGCUGCCACCAACCAUAAACGGGCCUCCUAUUCAGCUUUCCAGUCUGACCAUUCGCAACUUGGGCGACAAUCACGAGCCACGGGUUACUUCUUCAGAAGCCUUCAAGUUGGUUGUGGGCCCGGCAAUUCGUGAUCUCAGGCUUCACAUCACGACUGAGACUGCAGGGGAAGAGAGAACCACUGAAAACGAUUCCGUCGCCAAGUAUAUCUCGUUCGAGAAUCUGCAUACCACGUGGCUUAGCCCGGAUAUCGUCGCUGACCUUCACACACUCUCCCUCUACUGUCAAGAGCCGUGGGGUUUCAGCCCGAGGAUGGACUUUCGCCGGCUUGGGAAAGGUAGAGGGCUGCCCAAUCUCAAGGUUCUCGCUUUGGGAAAUUACACCUUUAGUCACGAAUGGCAGAUUGAUUGGUUUGGCUCGCUGAACCUGGAGAAGCUUUACCUGGACGACUGCGCUGUCCUGCAUCAGUACGACUGUCGACCGGCGGACAUGGAUCGCGGUGAGACUAUAAUAGGACAGGACGACUUCGGCAACGAUAUAUCUAUUUCCAACGAAGGAUACUAUAAGUCGGUAAAUGACGACGAAGAACCUAAUGGACCUCGUGAGGCGAUCGUCACGACACCCACCGCCUUGCGCUGGCACAUGAUACUCUCCCGCUGGCGAGAGACCAUGACAAACCUACGAGUCUUCAAGAUGGGAAGCGGCGACUGGUGGCGCCAGGCAGCGUUCAGGACUUUUGACUGCCCCGAUCCAGAGACCCACGGGGAGGACAUCUUUAGGUUCGGACUGGGUCUCUCGCAGGAGAGGUGUGACCAGCUGUUGUACAGGUACCGCACUUACGAAUGGGUGGAUUGGAGGGAGUGGGAAGAGGAGCACUGCAGUUAUAUUGCGCAUAUGGAGCAAGGGGGGGAGGAGUGGGAUACUGAUAAGGAGGGAUUUGGUCUGUGGAGGAUGGAGGAUGGGUUGAGGGCUAGGGACGAGGAGGCGCUGGAUCUCUUUGUUUCGACGGUGGAGGAGAGGGCAAGGAAGAUUAGAUGA